UGUUCCCCUAUAAAAUGGAUACAUAUACCCGACCCAAAUCCGGGCUUUUAGUUAAUGAAAAAGAAAAGUGUUAUUUUAGGUUUUAAUUUUUUUCUUUUUUAAAUUUUAAUUAUACCCGACCGAGAAUCAGCGCGUAAAUUGAGCAAUGGCAACGAUUCCCUCGACAUAUGCAGAGGCCUCAACGGAAUGUGGCAGACCAGCGGAGGCUGGGACCGAUCGACCGAUACGACGCCGUCCACGCCAUGCUCCGCUACGCCGAUGCCAGUCUCUCCACCUUCCACAUGGCCGAUCACUCUUUCGAACAUUCUGAGUGAAAUAUAUUAUUCUGGAAUAUGGGUGAUUUUUCCAGCCCUUGAUAUACGUGUGAAGAAUGUUGCAAAGACAUAUUCUCUUGAACACAAAGGUGAAAACAAUCUUUUUGAUCAUCUAUUUGAGCUGCUAAAUUCUUCCACCCACAACGAUGAAAGUUUUGCUAGAGAGUUAGCAUCCUGCACAGGAGCUUUGCAGACGUCAGUUAGUCAACACAUGGCAAAGGAAGAGGAGCAGUUUUGCUGAGGACAAAGUUAUUUUUCCAGCAGUAGAUGGAGAAUUGUCAUUUUUUCAGGAGCAUGCUGAAGAAGAGGAGGCCAGUUUAAUGACUUCCGGUGUUUGAUUGAAGGUAUUCAAAGUGAAGGAGCAACAUCUAAUUCAGAAGUUGAAUUCUUUUCAAAGUUAUGCUCACAUGCUGAUCAUAUAAUGGAAACCAUAGAGAGACAUUUCCGUAAUGAAGAAGUUCAGGUCCUUCCACUUGCAAGAAAGCACUUUAGCUUUAAAAGGCAAUGCGAACUUCUGUAUCAAAGCUUGUGCAUGAUGCCUCUGAAAUUGAUUGAGCGUGUCCUUCCAUGGUUGAUAGGAUCAUUAACUGCAGAAGAAACAAAGAUGUUUCUGAGAAACAUGCAGUUGGCAGCUCCAGAAAUGGAUUCUGCUAUAGUUACACUCUUCUCGGGGUGGGCUUGCAAGGCUCGUAUUGAAGGUCUAUGUUUGUCUUCUGGUGCUUCAGGCCUAUUGUACUCUGAUGAUGACAAAUGAUUGGAUGAAUGUGGAGUCACAUGGUGUGAAGUUCUUGUAUCUAGAUACUAAGAAGGGUCACAUAUUGAGGAAGGUACUGCCAUGAAUGCUCUAGGAUGAUGAAAAGAUGAAGAUGGAGGUGGUGGUGGAUUUGUUGAAUUUGGGUUUGGAGAUGCAGCAAAAUAGGUGGAUGCAACUAAGGAUAAAGAUGGGGUUGAAGGUCUAAAAUUUAGAGAUUGGGAGGGUAGGGAGUUCUUGAUCAAAUCUGUGAUAGCAAUGCUAUGCAAUGUGGCCAAUUCGGCCCCAAAGCUGACAUUGUGGUCUUGAUGAACCUGAAUAGAACCUCCUCCUCUACCAGACCUACCACCCCUACCUCUUCUUCCUCCAGAAUUCUGAGCAAUGUUAGGAAUUAAAGAAAAAGAAGCAUGAGUGAGCUGAGCUUGAGCCAUCAAAUUAUCUGAAUUUCUAAAUAUUUCAAUCAUAUCUUCAUGUUGUAAUAUUAGGGCUUCAAAUUAUGGUAGAGUAAAGUUUUCAAGCUUUGAGUUAACUGUUGUUAGCAGCAUCUAAUAAUCCUCAUUGAGUCCUUCAAGAAGGAUCUCAAUGUGUUCCUCACAGGUCAAGGGACUGCCAAGGGCUGCUAUUGAAUCUGUCAGGAGUUUGAUUUUUGAUAUGUAUGCAGAAGUUGUAAGGCAUCUUUUCUUGGUAGCCUUGAGCUCUGAUUGAGUGUUUCACUCUGAAUUUUAUGGUCUUGGAAAAGUAUUCUUCAAUGAUGAACCAUAUUUCAUAAGCAUAAGUGCAAGAUACCAUCUUGUUCUUGAAUUCUGGCUCUAUAGAAGCAAGCAACUACGAGAUGAGGUUGUUGUCGUUUUGUCUCCAAAUCUUAUGAGAGGAUGCAGCAGGAUUGCUAUUUUGAUUGGUGACAGAAACAUUUUCUGAUGGUACACGAUCUGCAUAGAGGUGAUCUUCAAGAUCCUGUCCUCUAAUUGCUGCCAGUGCUUACUGUCUCCAGGCUUUGAAAUUCUUCUCACCAACACCAAGUUUAUUAGUAAUUAGAGUGAAGGGUCUUUGGUUGAAGGAAUUUCAUUGCAUGUUGGAGAUAUUAGAAUUGUUAUUGACAUUGGCGUUGGAGUUAUCUCCUGAGUUCACCUUUGAGAAAGCCAUGGAUCUUCACACCUUAGGCUCUUGAUACCAUGAAGGAAUUCUGACUAGCUUGCACCAUAAGACAGCUAAGAAGAAUGCAGAAUAAUGCAGAGAAGAAAAGCACAGACUUGAUGUAAAAAUUCAAUU